AUGAGCGUCUACACAUACAACAUUCUCAACUUCGCCGACACCCUCAAACGCUCGUUCGAGGAAAAAGUCGACGAACACGGAAAUGUUACCAAACGCGGGUUCAAGCGCGGCGACUUGAACCCAUGUCCAGAGCUCCAGGGCGACCUCUAUAACGCGGAUCUUAUCAUGUGCAGCAGAAAAUAUGGACCGGUGUUUAUUGCCGUUGGGUGUGCGGCACCCGAUACAAUGCUAUCACCUGACGGGCAGGCUCCCGACUGGGCUCGAGAGCGCGUUAAGGUAGUAUGUGGUUUACUGAGAAAUAAGCUACGAUGUUUGUUCGCGGACAAGAAGAACAAGCCCCGUGAUGGAUGGCCGCAGUACGGGGCUGUUAUUUAUGGGCAGGAAAUAUGUGUCUUCAAGGUGGAUUCUGAAGGUGGUGCGCAACAGGUGGAGUUUGAGGGGGAGAAGGUGCAUGAUAUUCUUUGGGGGAGAAUUAUACGUCUACUGGAUGGGAUUGUUGAGGAGUUUCAGAUCCCGGCUGAAAAUGGGACGCAGUAG